GUGCAGAGAGAGCAUUUUAACCGCUGUCUGCUCCAGGAGCUGCACAGUUCCUGCAGAACAGGCUUCACAGGAUGAUCGGGGGCCUGCUUUGCGUGAGCCUGCUGUGCCUCAGCAGCUUUGCAAUUACUGAAGGGUGCAACAGGCAGCUUUUGCAGAAUGUGGACUUUCCAGGAUCUGACAUAAAAACCUUCUAUUCUCCUGACGUGGAGCACUGUCAGCUGCUGUGCACCCAGCAGCCCUCCUGUCACUUCUUCACCUUCCACCAAGCCAAUUGGACCAAAGAUGACAGGACCUUCAAGUGCUUUCUCAAGUCUGCCUCCUCUGGACAACCUAAUUCUCAAACUCCACUUCAGGGCGUCACCUCGGGCUUUUCCCUCAAAUCCUGCAAUCCAAGCCCACAACCGUGUCUGUCUCAGGUCUACGAGAACGUAGACUUCGUGGGGGCAGACUACACCUCCUUCUUCACAGCCGACCAUGAGGACUGUCAGAAAGCUUGCACUCAGGAUCCUUCAUGUCAGUUUUUCACGUAUGUCAAACAAGAUCCCAAACAGAAGAACGUGAGGUACAAAUGUUUUCUCAAAUAUAGCUGGAAUAUACCAAGGACUUCCUCUGUGGAGAAAAAGGUCGGCGUGGUGUCUGGAUUUUCCCAGACACCUACCGGUAAUCCCUCUCAGACAGCCUGUCAGAACAAAUUCCUUCCAAACACUGACAUCCCAGGAAGUGACUUCCAGACGCUGAAGGCGGCCUCAGCUGAACACUGUCAGGCCCUGUGCUCUGCUCAUCCACAAUGCACUUACUUCACCUUUGGCAGUCUUGACUUUAAAUGUCAUUUAAAGAACAACAAACAUCACUUGGAGACUAAAGCUAAAGAGGGAGCCACAUCGGGGAUGCCUGCACGCUUCUGCCAGUUUACCAACUGGCUCAGGACGGCUUAUGAGGGAAUAGAUUUUCCUGGUUCAGAGAUCCGUUUCGAGCUGAAGGAUAAUGCAGACCAGUGUCAGAGGCUGUGCUCUGGAGACCCCACCUGUCAGUUCUACACCUACGUCAAGGACAACUCCCCUGAAUCUGCAGCUCGACGCCGAUGCUACUUGAAGGGUGUCAUCACCAUGCCUGCUCCUCCCAAGGUGGUCAAGGUGACCAAUGUGGUGUCUGGCUUCUCCACGAGGAACUGUGCAGCUACAGGCCCAAACAGGGUUUCCUGUGUUUAAAUUGCAAUGAAUGAAAUCACAGGGCUGUAUGGUAGCACGCGGUUAGCGCUUUCACCUCACAGAAAGAUUGUUCUGGUUCAAAUCCUCCCAACAGUACCUGAAAUAGGCUCCAGCAGCCCUGUGACCCUGAAAAGGAUUCAAGAAAUGGAUGGAGAAAAAGAUAGAUGGAUGAAAUCACAGACCUCUGUGGGUUAUAAUCAUGUUUGUAAGAGUUUAGUCUGUCUGAACCUGGGUCAUGGAGUCAGGAGAGGGAAGUGCCUUACCUGAUAUCAUAAUAUGUAAAUUACUGAUACAAUAAACGAGUCAACUAAUCUAGGCUAUAAAUGCCGGUUUUUUGUAUGAUUCUAAUUGUUUGGAUUGUUAUUAAACUCAAAAGGUUUUUUUAGUGUGUAUUUCCUGUUUAAUUACAGCGCAGGCUUUGAAACGAGGAGGCACCAAGUCUGCCUCACGGCAGAUUGCGUAAUCCCAUGCAAAGUGGGCCAAUUGCACGUGUUUAGUUUACCUGGGGUAUGCUAAUAAUGUAAUGCAUUAUUUAAAAGAUUCUAUGCAUUCUCAACAUUUGUAUUACAUUUUCCAAUUUCCAAUUUAACCCUUGUGCUAUCUUAGAUGACCCCCCCCCCCCUUCCAUUGACGUGUUCUUCCUACCAUGACAAAGGUGGAUAAAGGUGGAAAGAUUUCAUGUAAUCCAUGGACACCAGUGAAGAUCACAAAUCAUUGAAGAAAAAAGGUUCAGCGCACUGUCUAGUGGGUCUAGAUGACCCAACUCCCAAUGUUAAAGUGCCUAGGAUAGCACAAGGGUUAAUUUGUAAUAUUUUUUUAUGUCUGUCUGCAAUUUUUUGUUAGGAUCUAAAAAAAGCUGUACAGAAAAGACACAGUCAGGCAGUAGCGCUGCCUCACCAAAGAGGGAACUUUUGAGCUGGUGUUUGUUUUUCAGGGGUUGAUAAAGUCCCACUCUGAUCAUUUUUUGAUCUAUCUUCAAAGCGUUUUCAGUGGUUUUUCAAUUGUGAUGAUGCCGUUUUUAGCCAAAAUCAAAAGCCUGUGUCGUUUUCUAGGACAUAGCUUCUGCAGAACAGCAUUUUCCAUCAUUUCUUUGUUGACAGUCUCUCCUGCCAGCUUACAGCUCCUCACAACUCCAACCUAACAUUAGUGGUGCAAAGAAAAAAUGUUGAGCAAAAUCAUAGCUAUCCAUCUGCAGAGUUUAGAUCCAGAUUCCAACUCAGACGAGGAAAACAAAGACAUUCAUGGAUCUAUUUGUCUGACAGUGGAUGCAUCAGAAUGGAGCAGAGCAGGAAGACUUUGGCUCCACCCAUUUCAGUUGCUCCAUCUCAAAAGAGCUUUUUCUGACAGCAUUUGAGAAAGUAAGACACAAAGAAAGAAAUAUUCAGAAAUUCAGUUGUCAUGUUUAAUUCUUUUACACAUUUGUCCUCCAUCAUGAGAAAAAUGCCACAAGAGAAUAAAGCAGAAAAAAAA